AUGAGCGCUCACGAAUCCAAGGUUGUCAAUGAAACGACACGUUCAGUGUUGGAAGCCAGGGCCUGCGAUCCAGUCGGCGAUGAUGAAGUAUUGGCGCGACUGGGGAAAAGGCCAGUCUUAAAGCGAAAAUUUGACUUCAUGGCUCUCCUGGGCUUGACUUGUACAAUUCUAUCUACUUGGGAGGGAAUGCUGGUUAUGUUUGUAGAACCGCUGCUCAAUGGCGGCCCUGCUGGCGUAGUAUACAGCUAUAUCGUGGCCUGGAUUGGAACAACGGCAACAUUUAUCACCUUUGCUGAGAUGGUCUCGAUGGCACCUACUUCUGGAGGCCAGUAUCAUUGGGCGAUGAUGUUGGCACCUCGCUCAAGUUUCAGAUUUACUGGCUUUCUCGCAGGCUAUCUGACAACCUUUGGAUGGCAAGCCUCCGUCGCGGCGGUAGGCUAUAUGAUGGGCAAUAUGAUCCAGGGGCUUAUCGUUCUUACGCAUCCGACGUACGAACCACAGGCCUGGCAUCUGACUCUGUUGAUGUUCCUAACCUUGGCCUGUGCCGCCUUCGUCAACGUCGCCGCCAGUGGGCUGCUCCCCAAGGUCGAAAGACUCGCACUUGUGCUGCACAUUCUGGGCUUCUUCGCCAUUCUUAUUCCCCUCGUCUAUCUGGGAGAGCAUAAUUCCGCGCAAUUUGUUUUCACCUCCUUCCUCAACGGAGGCCAUUUUGAAACUCAGGGUCUGUCAUUCAUGGUGGGGAUGACUGGGAGUAUGUUUGCGUUUACGGGAGCGGACGCUGCUUUCCAUAUGGCCGAAGAGAUCAACAAUGCUGCUGUCGUUAUCCCCCGCUCGAUUUUCGCCAGUGUCCUUCUGAACGGCAUUCUCGGCUUCGGCAUGGUUAUCGCCGCGCUUUUCGCUACGACCGACGUCAACUCGGCCCUUCAAACCAAAACGGGAUACCCGUUUAUUGCCAUCUUACAGCAGGCGACAGGCUCCGUUGCCGGAAGCGCCGCCAUGACCUCUCUCAUUCUGGUACUGGGACUGGGCGGGUUCGUGGGCGCCGUCGCCUCGAGCUCGCGCAUGAUAUGGUCGUUUGCGCGAGAUCGAGGCUUGCCCGGCUGGGCGCUGCUGCAGCGUGUCGACACACGCACCUCAAUCCCCGUUGUGGCCGUCGGAGUUACCACGCUGGUUGCGUGUCUGCUCGGCCUUAUCACACUGGGCUCGCCGACCGUCUUCAACGAUAUGAUCUCACUGUCGCUUAGCAGUCUGUUCCUCUCCUACCUGAUCAGCAUGUGUCUCUUGCUGUGGCGCCGCUGUACCGGCAGGAUCCGCUCGCUGUGCAGCCUCUCAACGACGGAACCCGUGUACAACACGCCCGGGGCCCCCCUUGUCUGGGGCCCUUUCUACCUGGAUGGAUUCUGGGGAAUCCUCGUCAAUGUGUUCUCCAUCAUCUAUCUCGUCGUCGGAGUGUUCUUCAGCUUCUGGCCGCCGUCAGCAAGCGUGGAUGGCCCGACGAUGAACUAUAGCGUUGUGGGGACCGGCGGGGUGGUCAUCCUGAGCACGUUGUACUAUCUGGUAAUCGCGAAACGAGAGUUUAGGGGGGCAGUCGUUGAAUAG